AUGGGGGACUCGACCAACAAAGAUGUGGAUGUCCAGCCGAAUUCCCUUUUGUCUGCCGCCAAAGUGGGAGCCCUUAGUGGAGCUGUGGGCCUUAUCUACGGAGGAGCUGCAGGAGUGAUACGGUCUCCCAAUCCUAUGAUUCAUUCCCUGUCAUGUGGCAUCCAUUGGUCUAUAGGCGGAUCAUCCUUCUGGUUCUUACGAAGCAACAUUAUCAAGCACCACUAUAAAGAUCAAGCCUCACCGCAACAACGCAAGUAUGCGAGCGCUCUAUGCGGUGGUAUUGCAGGGGGAGGUGUGACCAAGCUAAUGGGAGGCCGGCUGGUUCCGGGAGCCAUUAUCUUCUCGCUGGUGGGCUACUGCGGCCAAAGCAUUUUCAACAAUGUCGAUGCCUGGCAAAUGGAGAAUGCCCACUCCACGAGGAAACCUUUCAUGCAACGGAUGGCUGACUCCAAGUGGAUCCCGUUGCGAACCCUCUCUGAUCAGGAGUACAGGGGUAUGCUGGGCGAGAAACUCCUCAGCAUCGAGGCUGAGAUUGCCUUGAUCGAUGACAAGAUUGAGGAAUUAGAGAAGACUCGACCGGUAUCUUCAGCUUUGCCGACUUCACCAGCUUCUCCAGCUUCCUCAGAUUCGAAAUAA